CUGAGGUUAACAGUUAAAUGUUUAUCUCUGAUUUUCCAUGUGCCCUCUAACUGGUUUGUAUCCAGACAUUUUAUUGACCGAAUAUUCUCUGAAGAUAAAUCAGCCUGGUCUGUCUUCUAGCAGUUGCAGUUCCUGCUAUUUAAAACACACUGGCAGCAAAUUAGAACUGAAAAUAAAAAUCUUCAUAAAUGUUCUACAUCACCAAGUUUAUUGUUUCUAUGAAGCAUAUACCACUAUUCCACUUAAACUUUGAAACUUUCCUGAGACCAGCACACAAUCCCAGCUUUGUCACAAUGCUCCUGUUUGACCACAUGAUUCCAGAUCUCAGUAUUUACAUGAACUAUUGCUACUAAACUUGGACUCUUUAUCCUAUUGUCCAUUCAUCUUUACCUAAGUUUAAGUCCGGUACUUGUGUUAAGGCUGCAGGUAUUACGGGUUAAUACCUGCAGCCCUCGCUCACAUUGGGAUUCAUGAAGAUCAAAACUAAACACACACAAUGAAUCUUAAUGACAUCAUAGUUUAACCCUUUCAUUCUGUCAAUCAUCACGUGUUUGGAGAAAUCGUCGUGCAAACAAGGAAAGAUGAUAAGACUGUUAGAGACAGCAGUGUGCUGCUCACUAUGCUUCAGAAGAAUCUCUGUUAACAUUUGUGUUGUUCACAACAAACCAAAGUAUAAUGUAAAGCAUGCAGAGAAAGGUUUACUGUAAUAGCCACACAGUUUUACAGCUGUUUUUGGACUCAUCUUUGUUUUUUGCUCAAAGAUGUGAAACUUUGCAUGUGUUUGGUUGACUUUUAAGCUUUCUUGGAGUUUUUCAAGCAAAGCUAGAAGCUGGCAUGGAAUAAGACUUCAUUUUUUAUUAGUUUAAACAUAUAUAUUUAAAUGAAAAGACUAUAUGUGUCUUUGUUUUUUGAAGCGUCAGUGGGAAUAAAAAGGAAAUGGAAAAAACUCAUGUGUAAUGAGAAUUUUUAUAGCUUUUCGCAGUAUGCAUAUUUUCCUUAUGGUGGCACAGUGUGUGUGUUAUUUGAGCACCAAAUAACAUUUGAUGUUCAAAGGAGAGGUGGUGUUACAGGUGGUGUCUGCUUUACCUCUUUUUUUUCUUUUUUUUAAAUUUUGUAUAUUGGCUUUAUUUCUUGCUGUAAUAAAAACAAUACAGUGUGUGGCUCUCUCUCUCUCUGCUAACAGAAGUGAAUGGAGAUUACCCAGCAGUCUCUGUCUGUCUCGCUUUCUCUCAGAUAUAUGACAUUAAUCAUUUGAAUAUAUUUGGGGGUUAAAUAUACUUGUUUAAAUAUUUAUAUAAUGUUUAUUUAGUCUCCACAAUCCACAUCAAAAUUGAUAGUGAGAGUACCGUUUUCUUUCCAAAGCUGUCAGUACUAUGAGGCCCGCUCCAAAUGACUCUGGAUAAUAAACAGUGAAUCCUUGCGCCUGGCUCUAGAAGAAGCAGGAAGCUAACCCUAGUCUGACCGUGGUCACGUAACCUGGGUGUUUUGACCCACGCUUCGAAACAGCGUUUUGCAACAUCUGCGCUUCUGAAGCUCGUGACAGUGUUAAAAUGUCUGUUUCGAGGUUGCCGUCCCCAUGCCCAGAUCAAGGCAGCCAAUCCAAGCCUUCAGUUUCUGUACCACGUGAUUUUGAAACGCGGAAAAACAGUUUUGGUUCCAGUCUUGGAGCGGAGGUUCUGCGAUGAUGAGGCGGGCCGUGGUGCACGUGUCCGUGGGCUUCCUGCUGUGUGCCGGCCUGGUGAACACCGGUAUGUUCGCGGACGUUGACGUGGAGCUGAGUUCCGAGCACUACGCGGAGAGGCGGGUCGACGGUCUGCCCGCGUUCUUGGCGAUGCCGUGUAACUGCGUGGUCAAUGUGGGUUACGUGUGCGUGGGUCUGUACUGGCUGCUGUGGCGCGGGGACGACGGCGAGUCGGAGCGCGCCCGCUACAUGAGGCACGUGUUCGCCCUCAUGGCCGUCUUUUACGGCCCCGUACAGUGGACGCGCCUGGCCAUGCUGCGGCGCGCUCCAGCCGUUCUCGACCAGUGGCUGACUUUACCGAUCUUCGCGUGGGUGCCGGUGUGGAUCGACUUUAUCGAGAGGCGGACCGAAUGGCGCGCGUCGCACGCGGCGGCGCUCGAGCUCGGCUCCGUUCUCAGCUACGGACUGGCGAUGGCACACCGACGCGGCUUCGACACGGCGCUCGCAGGUCACGUGCUCUUUGCGGUGUACAAAGGAGUUGGCGUGCAGCGGACGCACGGAGAUGUGCGCACGCGCAGACACCUCGUGCUGGCCGUGCUGUCGUGUGCAGGCUUCGUGCUCCUGAAGCUGCUGGAUCACCACCUGGCUCAGUACCGCCUGUUUCAGCGCCUCACCGGACACUUCUGGUCCAAAGUGUGCGACGUGCUGCAGUUCCACUUCAGCUUCUGCUUCCUGACCAGGCUGACGAGCAGAGCGCGGGCCAAGACUGAGCCGCAGCAGCAGUGACAGACACGCAGCAUCCUCACAGCGUCCUCACAGCAUCCUCCAGCUGGGAGUCUCAUUCCACACAAGACCACAUCUUCAUCUCAGCAUAACUCUAGAUUCUGUUCAGCUUCAGUACUUUAGUUCCACAUAAAUAUUGAUUCUCACUGAGCUACAGUAGCAGCUGCAGCAUUCGAUGUGCUUAAGUACAAGUGGCCCAGCCACUUGUCUCUAGCUCCAAUCAGCUGUAUCUAAUAAUAGAAAAAUGAGCAGAAUGAUGCCGGUGGGAGGACAGAACAAAGAAAACUGCUGCUCUCAGGAAAA